AUGAACUAUCAACCGCGUCCUAAUAUUCCACCCCAAGGUCUGCCGAGUAUGCCGGCUCUCAAUCUACCUCAUCCUCCCGUUCAAGCUCAAGCUCCAGCAACCCCUAGCUAUGCUCCCACUGCCAGCUAUGGGAACUCUAUUCCGCCACCCGUUUAUAAUAACAUGGUAGCACCUCCUCCUGUUGCUGCUCCAGCUCCUCCACCCGCGUAUUACAACCCAGCGCCACCUUUUGUACCACACUCGCCCAGGUACCAAGUAUCAGGCGGACCUCCUCCUCCUGUUCCAAUGGCUACCUCUGCUACGCCAAGGGCAAUGCCCACUGGAGGAAGCCAAACGUCAUCUCCAGCCCAGGCCACUCCCGCACCCGUUCAAGCCCCUGCUCCAGCACCACCUGCGCCAUCCACCAACUCCAGGAAACGCAAGUCUGAUGUUGCCGACAACACCCAAGAGGAUCUCUUCCCAGAGGACGCACCAGAGAUCGACAGUGAUGAUGAACGUCUUGAGCGUCUAGACUCGGACACUUGCAACACCGUUCGUCGCAAGAUCCGUAAUUGGAUCGAUUCAGGUGCCCAGAAGGUUGGCGAGUUCCAGAGGACUAUUGGUGUCAGCGGCAAGGCUUAUAACAGCUUCAUGAACCGUACUGGUACCUGGGAUGGUGAUGGAACUGACACAUUCGCCAAAGCUCACCACUUCUUCAAGAAGCGUGAACUUCAGGGCCUGCCUCUCAAGGCUAACAAACCCAAGAAGCCAAAGACUGCUGCUGCUUCCAAAGCUAUCGACGAGACCCUUGAUGUGAGCAACGUUGAUCCCCUACCCGGUGAGGCACAGGGCACAGUUCCCGUUUAUGACACUUGCAACGAAAUUCGCAAGAAGAUCCGUCCCAUAUUGGCCAAGGAGGGCAUGACUCAAGCAGCUUUCAUUCGUGCCCUUAACAAGAAUCUCCCGGAAGGAAAGAGUGUGUCCCAGGCCAACCUGCGAUACUUCAUGGGCCGCAGCGGAGCUCGUGAUGGUAAUACCAACGUGACUUUCUACGCGGCCUAUGUCUUCUUCGAGAAGAAGCGCAUCCAAGCUGGAAAGCCAAAGUCUAAAUUCCGCGAAGAGAUGGAGAAGGCUUGGGGGCCCAAGGGCUUCGAUCUUGAACACGGAGCCAACCAACAAUACACUUGCUUUGCCGGCGAGAGACCUGUACAGGACAAGUAUGGUAGAAUUGAUUUUGUUAAAGUGGGAGGAUACUAG